AUGUCACGCUCCAGAUCCCCUCCAAAGGAUAUGAGGGGCCGGUGGAAGGACAAGAUUUCCCAGUUGCAUCCCUUUCUGGGUGCUCGAGUGGAAGGAGUUGACCUUGCAGAGGUGACCAAGGAAGAGAUCUUGAGCACUUUUGCUCCGCUGCUCGAGGAGUAUGGAAUAUUGCUUUUCCCAAAGCAGCAGGACUUGUCUCCCCAAGUUUUCUUGAACUUUAUGAAGAGUUUCCCAGAUGUGGAUCUUGAAGAGCUGGCACGGGCCAAGAACCCCUUUGCGCAGGGAGAUCCCUCCUGUUUGCCUGAACUACCCACGGUCCGUGCUCUUGGAAACCUGACCUCCGAUGUCGCCUUACACCGGGGCGCUACGCCCGAGCUCAACCAGAUGGGCACUGAAUGGCAUACCGAUGGCUGUGGCAUCACUGGGCUGUUUGCUGCACAAGUGCCAGGAGGAGGAGAGGUCAAAAGGACCACGAUUUGGGCCAAUGGUUACCAUGCCUGGGAGAUUCUGGAUGACCAGAUGAAGCAAAAAGCGCUGGAGAUGAAGCUCCACUUCGGCCCCAAGCACACCAUGGAGGCCUCGGUGGCAGAGAUCUACCGCCGGGGCGGGCGGAUGAGCCCCAACGGGUUGAAGCUCAUGGAGCCGGUGGCAAAGGAACAGCUGACAGCAGAGGAGCUCCGGCGACGCGAGGAGCAGACGAAUCCUCGGAGAUACUUGCCCUUUCAUGGCUCACCCGUUCGGAGGCAUCCCUUCACGAAGCGCCACACACUUUGGACCAUGCCUGUUUUCCUGGAGAGUGGUGAAGGUAUGACGGUGGAAGAAGCCCGAGAUUCGUUGGAGCAGGUGUUGCUUCCUGGGACAUCUAGGCUUGCAGCCUAUGUGCACGAGUGGUCUCCAGGCGAUUUUGUGUUGUGGGACAACCGGAGUACCUUGCACUCAGCUACAGAGGUGACAGAUGCUCCGCAGCUCAUGUACCAAGCAUUUUUGCGGACCAAAACUCCCAUGGGUCCUGCAGGCGAAGAUAUGUAG